CAUUAUGAAAAAAUACACAAUUGUUUUUUUGAAUAUAUAUGGGAACACGAAACGCAGCUAUUUAAGAACCACACGUGAACGAAUACCGUUAGGCAUUCAAUGGCGGGGUAGGCUGGGCGCCAGGUAGCAUCAUAAAUUACUGGUCCGAUCAUUGAGAUUGGCGGUAAUAAGGCAUUCAAUUCAAAUGACUUCCCAUAAUCCCCAUGCAACCAAGGCACGGCGCUCAUUCUAUCUGCAUAACGAAGAUGAAAGCAAUCUAACUCCAGAGCAACAGCGUCGUCGUAAAUUUCUACAUUAUGUGUACCUAGUUCUUAAGCUAGCGACAUUUAUUGGAAUUUGGUUGUUCUUUGCAGUAUCUAUGUUACUCACGCCUCCUAAUGAACAUAUCAGUAAACUGAUACCCUUAGAGUCCGAAAAACCGUAUAUUAUGGUGGUCGAUAAGGAACCGGAAGGUAAUGAGAUAUGCGUUUAUGUGAAAGGCAACAUCGAUGCGGAUAUCACAAAUAAUCCCAAAGUGGCACUAGAAUCACAAAAAUAUAUAUUAGUUAGUGUACGAACCUUUAAUACGAAGUCGAACACAACUGAAUGGAACUCAAAGGAAUGGAAAGUCUAUUUGUACGAUAGCCCCACAAAGCCCAUGGAAUCGGUAAAAAGGUACUUUGAACUUGAGCACAAGCAAAGCAAAAUGCUGAACUUCAAGGUGCGUGGAGUACAGAUGCGUGUAGUAGAGAUGCGUGCUGCUUCCGAUGUCCAACUACAGGUGAUACUUUCGAAUCAGAACACUGAUCCAACUGCAGUCGCUUUGACCGUCGACACCGAACCGCUGAACAAGAAUGUUGGCAUCUUAUCAGCCGCUGGGCUACUUAUCUUCCUCUAUGUGCUCAUCAUUUGGGAUAUUAUGGAUCGUACAUUUGCCGCACUGUUUGUGGCAACGACCGCCAUCGGAGUACUUUGCGUAUUGGGUGAACGACCCACAAUUGAAGUGGUCAUUUCGUGGAUAGAUACGGACACAAUGAUGCUGCUGUUUGGCAUGAUGAUUUUGGUGUCAGUUAUUGCGGAGACCGGCAUAUUUGGCUAUAUAUCUGUGUUGGCCUAUCGUCUAUCGAAGGGCCAGCCCUGGCUGCUGUUGUUCCUGCUCUGCAUGCUGACCGUUUUACUGUCCGCCAUUCUGGAUAAUGUCACCAUUCUGAUGCUAAUGGUGCCCAUUGUGAUACGUUUGUGCGAAUGCAUGGAUCUGCGUACCACAACUGUGCUCAUCAUUGUGGCCAUAUUCUCGAAUAUCGGCGGCGCUCUCACGCCCGUUGGAGAUCCGCCGAAUGUGAUAAUUGCAUCGAAUCGGUAUGUUCUUGACGCUGGCACUAACUUUUGCGACUUCGUUAUGCACAUGCUGCCGGGCGUGGUUUUAAGCCUGGCCGCUGCUUGGGCUUACAUAUAUUUUGUGUUGCGCAAAGGAUUACAACAAGGCGGCGCCGAUCAAAUGCGCGAAUCCAUUAAUAAUCUGGCUAAAACUGCGGCCGUAUUGCGGGAGACACCCAGCGAGGCGGAGCUGCGUCGCGAGAUACUCGAACGCAUCGAAGAGCUAAAGGAACGUUAUAGACGCAAAGCGACUGCCCCACAGUUUGGUCCACAGCCGACAACGAACUUUAUUGAGACACUGGCCGAGAUGCAGGCCCGAUAUAAAGUGGAAGAUAAGCCGCUGCUCAUUAAAUGCUGCAUUGCCCUGGCCUUUGCCGUGCUACUCUUCAUGCUGCACUCGCUGCCAUUUCUGGCCGGCGCAACGCUGUCCUGGACCGCUUUCUUGGCGGCGCUGCUGCUACUCAUUUUGGCCAAUAAGCGAAAUAUUCAUUCUGUUCUGGAGAGCGUCGAGUGGUCGACUCUGCUGUUUUUUGCCUCACUAUUUGUCUUCAUCGAGGCAUGCGCGGAGCUGGGCCUCAUCGACUGGGUGGGCGAUCGCACGAUUGCGAUUAUUGUGGGCGUCGAUGAGAAGCAUCGUCUUAUAACGGCCAUUAUACUUGUGCUAUGGAUCAGCGCCAUAUUCUCAGCCUUUGUUGAUAAUAUACCCAUUGUCACCAUGAUGCUCAAGCUGGUGAUAAAGCUGUCCCUCAACGCCGACCUGAAAGUGCCCUUGCUACCCUUGGUAUGGGCGCUCUCGUAUGGGGUAUGCUAUGGCGGAAAUGGCACACUGAUUGCCGCCUCCUCCAACGUGGUGGCAGCUGGCAUUGCCAAUCAGUAUGGCUAUAAAAUUACAUUUUUGGAGUUCUUUAAAUAUGGCUUUCCUGUUAUGAUUCUAACUGAUAUUAUAUCUUCACUUUAUCUGAUCAUCGCACAUGGACUUUUCCAAUGGCACUGAACUGAAGAUGAGCGAAACCUUCAUUCAAAAGAAUUAUAUAAUGAAAAGAUGACGAGCUGCUCGCACUGCUCCGUUGUCUGGCUGGCUGGCGAAAACUUUCGAUGCCCCAUUUUUGGUUUGGCUCUCAGCUGACAAACUUUAUUAUAUCGCUGAAAACUUUUUAAUGACAAAAUCAAAUUGCCGCAGAAAGUUGCAAGCGUGGCAGAGCAAAGAGAAAAAGUCUAAAGAUGAAAACGGAACUGCCCCGAAAAACUCGCUGAUAAAUAAUAAUUGGAUGUUUACCAAUGGCAAGAAAUGUUGCUGGAGCAGCAGUGCGUUAAAUGACUUAAAUAUGCGGAACUGUGCAGCAAUUGAACACCAAUUCCAUCAAGAAGACUGCAGCAUCCGACGCCCCAUCCUCCCCGUCUGUGACAGACAACAUUUGCGUCCGACACGUGUCGGUUGGCCCAGGUUUCCACUGCCUGUCUCCUGUCCAGUGCAGUGGCAUCAAGGGCCAAUCGACUUGUGGCUGGAAUAACUUUGACAUGGGCACUGGUCAUGAGGAGCUAUGCCCUAGUUGAUGUCAUGUCUAAGUCUGUCAUACAAAAUUCGCUGUGCAUGACACAUGAAGCAGCUGAAAAGUCUGCUUCCCGAAGAAUGAAUAGUCAUGAAGAAAAGAGCAAAUGGGGGAAAAGCGUCGAACAAAUCGAAUGCUGAAUUUUAGCAA